ACUUGGCAGCGGGUUUUUUUUUUUCAAAAAAGAGGCGAUAUAUAAUAAUUAAAUAUAGCAAGUGCCGGUCAUUAGGGCGAUUUAUCUGUCAAACAAGUCAGGGGAUAUGUUGAUGUAGGUCUGUAAACGAGACCGUAUAUUUAAGAUCUGACAAAGAUAGUAACUCAGACACAAAAGAAUAACAACAAAAGCAGUUUAUGCGCUAUGUCGGUAGAAGAACAGAAUACAGAGAUGGAUGAGAAGAAAAUCCACCAGAAUGGCUUUGACAGCGAGGUUAACGUUAAGCCAAUUAGUUGCAUAGAUCAUGAGAUGAACGUAUUAUCGAACGGCAAGAAUUGUUCUCAGCACGAACCAAAACAUGGACAUGGACCAAAGCAUGGACACCACCAUGGACCGAAACAUGGACACCACCAUGGACCAAAGCAUGGGCACCAUCAUGGAGCGAAACAUGGACACCACAAGGGUCCAAAAGAUGGACACAACAAUUCAGACAAGAGGUCGUUUCUACAGCGCAAUGCUUUCUUCAUCACACUGUUACUUAACGGGAUGAUAGAUGGUCUGGGUUACUCAGUGAAGAGUCAGUACAGAUAUCGCUUCUUUCACUCCAAGUACGCACACGACCUCCGCAAGUACAAUGUGACUAAGGAGUGUGGUGUGGACCUGCUGCCUGAAGUCCAAGCAAGAGAUUGAGGAUACCAUCAGUCGUGAAUCAGCUCAAUGGAGUUUAUACAACGAAUACGUCACAUUAGUCCCUCACAUCCUGACCGCUCUGCUGAUUGGCCUCAAGUCAGACCAGAUGGGCCGUCGUUUUGUUUUCCUCUACCCUUUCUUGACAGCUAUUGUGGACUACAUUCUCCUGGCUGUAAUCAUCCGAUUGAAUCUGCACUUCGGUUACACGCUCAUAGGCGACUUUGUCAGGAGUGUAUCCGGAGGAACAAUAGGCAUGCACUUGGCUGCCUACGCCGAUCAUCUCAGACACACAUGGAAAGAAGAAGGAACCGGCAGAUGACAACAAAAUUCCGGGGAGGCAGCAAACUGCCAGAGAAAGCAAAAGAACAAACUGAUGACACCGAAGACGACUUCGACAUGUCCAGAGAAAAUCAGCGGACCUUCAAAAUUGUACUCCUAAACGUUGCCCACAGUCUGUCGUCAAGCAUCAUCUCAUUUGUCACCGGCUAUGUCAUCCAGUACGCUGGCUUCUUUUACACUCUCAUUAUUUCUCUUGGCCUUAAAUGUCUUCUUUUUGUUUUCGCAUAUAUCUUUAUCACGGAGACAGGUCAGCAGAGGAAGAGUUCAGGAUUUAUCACUCCACUCAAGAUCAUCUUAAGGAGAACGAGAAAUCCCAGAAAUCGUCGCACUCUUUUCCUCGUUAACUUUGCCGUCGUCUUCACGGUCGUGUCCUUCGUCGUUGAGGGCGAGGUUAUGAGGACCUACCAGAUGAGUCCGCCGUUUUGCAUGGACUCCGUGCAGUUGGGCUACUUGAGCAGCGAGUCUCGUCUGAAGGGCAUCUUGACCAUUCCUGUCUUGUGGAUGUGGCGACGAUUGGGUUUGAUGGAGUCGACCAUCGCUGCUGUUGGCCUCUACGCCGACAUCGCUUCGACUCUGAUGGUGGCAACUAUACGGAAGAUCUGGGUCUUUUUUGUAGCUCCCAUUGUAGCCAUUCCUGGAUCGCUGUCAUCAUCCAUGACAAAAGCCAUCUCGUCUAGGCUGGUUGGCCGUCAAGCCCUGGCAUCUUCGUUUGCCGUGAUGUUGGCCAUUGACACUGUGUUUGCGUUUGCCGGAGGACAGGCGGGUAACUACCUUUACCAAAGUUUCUUAAGAACACUGCCGACUGCUCCCUUCUACCUGGCCUCUGCCGCCCUGGCAGUGUCUGCGGUCUUGUAUACACUUGAAACCAUUUUACAGCGCGUGUACGCCAAGAUAGACUCAAGCAAAGCUGAGCUACAUGCAUAACCACACGGUUUCAUUCCACAAAGAAAAACAUAAUAAUUGUUUCUUAUUUAAACGAGAAGAUAUACUGCCAUGUUUAUCCUGCUUAUUUAGGUGCUAGACAAGCAUUUAUACAAUAUAUAAAUAUGCUAUACAAGGCAUGAAUGUACACUCUUAUAUAUGUACAUAAUAUAUUCAUAUUAUUUAUUAAUGUACUAAAUAAGACAAAACAUUAACUUGAGCAAUGGAAUAAGUUGAUAUUUUCAUCUGUGAUUUCUCAAUCGUGCCAAAUAUGUAAAAUGAGCUAAUUGUGAUAUACUCCUAGUUACCAUCACAUUUAAAUUUUAAAAAAAAAUUGCUUAGAGUAUUUUUAUAUUUAUUUUUAUAAACAGGUAUACUGUCAUAGUAUGUAUAAUACACGAAAGAUUAAGAAUUCAGAGAAAAAUAUCCACGUCUGUAGGUGUGCUUGCGUCUUUCAGAUGCCAUGAGCAGGAGGCUGUGUGAGCGUACAAACAUGAGUUGUCACGUGGUAUCAUUUGUGAGAUUGUGUUAUGUGUAAUAUGUGGUUCACAUAACGGAUAAAAAAAUGCACGAGUGAGUGCUUUAAUUUUUGUGUGUCAUGUUGGUGUACGCGUUAUUAGUCCUCCUUCAUGUACAUAAUUUUCUCAUGAAAUUUUAAUUCAAAAUAGGAAAGUAAAAAGCAGCAAAGAAAGAUGGCUACACAUGUU